CCUUCCCAACCAUUGCACCGCCCAAGGGCUUUGAGAAAACCACUGUCCUUAGGGCCAACAAACAAACCCACACACAAAUACCUGCAUACAUAUAUCAUAUAUACAAUACAAGCCAGGAGAAAAUCUAUUUUUAAAAACCCAAAAAAAAUAAAAAAACAGAAAAGAGUUUCGUAAUCUUCAGCUGUAGGGAUGGCAGCUGGAUUCGACAGCGUCCACGAGAGGAAGAAGAAGCUCGCCAUUGUGAGCGUCUCUUCCCUCCUCCUCGUGGCCAUGGUCGCCGCCGUCGCCGUCGGCAUCAAAGAUGCCGGCGUCGAAGAGGGCGACAGCGGGAUCGUUAAAUCUCAAAGAAACGUUCAAGCCAUAUGCCAGUCCACCGAGUACAAAGAAGCCUGCACCAAGAGUCUCGCCAACGCCCCAAACGACACCACCGACCUCAAGCAACUCAUCAUAACCUCCUUCAACGCCACCGCCGAGGAAAUCAAAGCCAAAAUAGAAAACUCAACGCUCUACCACGAGUUAGCCACCGACAACAUGACCAAACAGGCCAUGGACAUUUGCAAAGAAGUACUCGGUUACGCCGUCGACGACAUUCACCAAUCCAUUAACACUUUGAACGAGUUCGACAUCAACAAGUUGAACGACUACGCCUAUGACCUCAAGGUUUGGCUCUCGGGUACCCUGGCACAUCAACAAACAUGUCUGUCUGGGUUCGAGAACACGACGACCGACGCCGGCAAGACCAUGAGUAAGGUUCUGAACGCGUCGUUGGAGAUGAGCAACAACGCGUUGGACAUAGUGAACAGUGUUUCAUCAGUGUUCAAGGGUCUUAACUUGAGUGCCUUGACGGGCAGCAGGAAGCUUCUGGCGGAUGGGAUCCCUUCGUGGGUGAGUGAAGGGCAGAGGAGGCUAUUGGAGAAUGGUGAAGUUAAACCUAACGUGGUUGUGGCUCAGGAUGGGAGUGGACAAGUGACCAAGAUCCACGAGGCUCUUCAGAUGGUUCCAAAGAAGAACAAGACGCCUUUCGUGAUUUACGUCAAGGCCGGUGUCUACAAGGAGUAUGUUAACUUGCACAAGCACAUGUCCUACGUCACCAUGAUCGGAGAUGGCCCCACCAAGACCAUAAUCAGCGGAGACAAAAACUACGUGGAUGGCGUCCAGACCUACAACACGGCAACUGUGGGUAUCAACGCACCUAACUUCAUGGCGAAGAACAUCGGGUUCGAGAACACGGCCGGAGCAGAGAAGCACCAAGCGGUGGCACUGAGAGUAACAGCAGACAAGGCAGUGUUCUACAACUGUGCCAUGAACGGGUACCAAGACACUCUGUACACGCAGUCCCAGAGGCAGUUCUACCGCGAGUGCAGCAUUUCGGGCACCAUCGACUUCGUGUUCGGCGACGCCAUCGCAGUGUUCCAGAAGUGCAAGCUGGUGGUGCGGAAGCCGAUGGAGACCCAGCAAUGCAUGGUGACGGCGGGAGGAAGGUCGAAGGUGGACAGCCCGAGCGCACUGGUGUUCCAGAGCUGCAGCUUCACGGGGGAGGCGGAUGUGAUGGGCCUGAGCCCUAAGAUCGCUUACCUCGGAAGGCCGUGGAGGGCUUACUCGAAGGUGGUGAUCAUGGACUCUGAGAUCGCGGAUAUCUUUGUCCCUGAAGGGUACAUGCCGUGGAUGGGAAGCGCUUUCAAAGAGACGAGCACCUACUACGAGUUCAACAACAAGGGUCCUGGUGCUGUGACUGUUGGUAGAAUCACGUGGCCUGGCUUUAAGGUCAUUAACGCUCUCGAGGCUGCCGAUUACUACCCCGGCAGGUUCUUUGAGAUCGCUAACUCCACUUCUCGUGAUUCUUGGAUCCUCCACUCUGGGGUACCCUACUCCCUUGGCCCUCUCAACUAAUUUACCCAUCCAUCCCUUGUCCCGGCCGUUUUGACAUGUUAUCUAUGUCUCAUCGUUAAUGCAGUGCUAUUUAUUUCUUAAUUUACC